AUGCCUCUGCAGCUCCAAGAAAAUGCGACAUUUCCAGUGUUCGAAGAGUAUAUUUUGAAGAUCGUUUCAUACGAAACACCAACGACGGACAAGAUACGACUGCUAUUUGACCAGUUUGAUAAAGUCUGUUUUUCCCAUUUUGCGUAAAAUUAUAAUGCUUUUUCUAGGACCAAGACGGGUUUCUAGACACUGCGGAGGCCGAGGAAUUCAACAAUAAUGUCAUUGAAAAGAUUAAUAGUCUUAAAUCUGCAUUGAUCAUUGUUGAUUUUCAAAACGACUUUGUUCAUGAAGAAGGAACAUUGCGACUGAAGGUGAGUGAAUAAAAUGGGAGGUUUUCUAUAACAUAUAUCUUAUGAAAAUAAUGCUUAACAAAAUAUGCAUACUAACGCCCAGUUUCACAAAAAUCUCAGCGCCGUACGUCAAACUGAGGAGUCCGGUGACCGGAAUAGACUCUUCGCUAUCGCUUUUUUACACUUCGUCUUGAUUUCGCAGAGAAAGAGAGAAAAAAGACACGCAAAAACGUACUCUCUCGCCUCAAAAAUUCCCCAUUUCUUCCCCGACAAAACGUUUUUUCGCGUUUUUUUUUUGGCAAAUUGCCAAUCCAUUCGCUGGACUGUUUUAGCUUAUCUCAGUUUGACGUGCGCCGUUCUUCGAGCACUUCCCUUCCCAGAAACUCCGGUUUCAGGACGGCCCAGCCCAAGAAGACCCUCUGGAAAUUGUUGACAAUCUCAACGCUCUUCUCCAACGUCACAGUGAUUUUGAUUUAACAAUCUUUACCAUUGACUGGCAUCCCAAAAACCACAUUUCCUUUUACGAAAAUGCCAAUGAAGACGACAGAAUUCGAUCGAAUCCCGCCGAGCCAGUCCGACCAUUCUCACUUGUUCAAUUUGAAAAGCCAAAAUUGGAUCAAGUGGUUUAUCCGGCCCAUGCUAUUCAAGGGAGUUUUGGAGCUGAAAUCCAUGAGAAAAUUUUGAAGCCAGAAGAUGCGAUUAUCGUGGAGAAAGGCUACGAUGUUUAUGUGGAUUCGUAUUCUGGGUUUGGAGAUAACCGUGGGGUAUCCAAGUGAGUUGAGACUGUUUUAAAUCACGAGAUCUACAAUUUCUUUUGACUUACCGCUUGUGAAAGCGGAAGUGUAAAAUGUGGCAAAAGGUUUCAAAAAUCCGCAAUGAUCACUUUUGAGGAUUUUUGAGGGUUUCUUUAGUCUUACUACGUAUUUUCAAAGGUUUUUUAGAGCAUUUUAAGAAAAAGAUACAUUUAUUGUGAGACUGUAAUGUUUAUGCAGCUUGGAAAUUCUAUACAUAGAGCCUUAUGUACAACAAAAUCUGUCUGUGAAAACCAGUUUUUACAGUAAAUAUUUACUUUGCAAAAAUUGGUACCAGACAGCCAAAAGCUCCAGAAAAUUUCAAAAAAAUGUAAAAACGCCUGCUAAUUUCCUCACCUUUGCUUUGGCCAUCAAAUUCGGGCCGGCCCGUUUCCAUAUUUUUUUAGCCCGGCCCGAGAGCUACUAUUUGUGUCUAUUUUUGUCAUAUUUUUUCCCCAUAGCCUUUGUAUAGAUUUUAUAUUUUCUUGUCCAAAAAUUGAGCCUCUUAUUUAUCAUCCGUACCCGAUAAAAAAAUAUUCUUAAAUUACUGUCCAGAAAAGCUAUUUUUUGACCGCCGAAUAGAACUUACCAAAGACAAAUACUUUUUCAGAACGCAACUUGGGCCAAUUCUCCGCCAACAUAACAUUGAAGCAUUAUUUCUCUGCGGAAUCGCGUCGGAUAUUUGCCUGGCCUACACGGCAAUUGACGCUUCAAAACUGGGGUUUUAUACAGUCGUUGUGGAAGAUUGCAUGUAAGUAAAGUGAUAUAUGUAUAUUUCUAUCAACUACACAUUAUUAUUUUCUAUAGAAAAGGAAUUGAUCCCGUGGAAAUUCAAAAGAAAAAAGACGAAAUCAUCGCUCUUGGAGUGCCAUAUGUCAAUUCAGAAGUGGUAUUUGAAUUCCUGACGCAACGAAAAGUACCAUGGGAGUGGCUGCAAAGGCUGGCUGAAGGCAAUUGA